AUGUCAACAAUAGUUGAUGCGCGACCUAGGGGGAGCUACACUCCCGCCGAUUGCCCGUCAUGCUCUAGUCAGCAAGAGUACCUCGUCCCGCCUACAUUCAUCGGAAACUUGAGGGUCAGAUGCGGCCAAUGUAAGACGCUGUUCGUACACCCUCAGCCGAAACCGUCCUCCUCUGCCGCAAAUGCAGGAACCAGCCGUGCCGGCGCAGCAGGAUCAAGCACGGGAGCAAGCGGACGAUCAGGCGGGGGAGGCAGGAAGAUCGGUACAGAUGCCAAUCCCAUAGAUAUGGCGUACUACGAUGUACUUGGAUUGAAGGCGGACUGCUCGGUGGAUGAGAUCAAGAAGGCAUAUCGCCGACUUGCCAUCAAGCUCCAUCCCGAUAAGAAUCGCGACGAUCCUGAUGCCGAGGAGAAGUUCAAGGAGAUCUCGAUAGCAUAUCAAGUCUUAUCUGAUCCAGCACUACGACGCAAGUACAACGAGUUUGGCCAAAAGAACGGCGGAGGAGGCGGAUCCGAGCCCGCGGGCGGGUUCCAAGAUCCCGAAGAGGUCUUUGGCAAGAUGUUUGGCGGGGAUCGCUUCGAGGACUGGAUUGGUACCAUCAGUAUCGGUAAAGACAUGAAGGAGGCGUUCCAACAGCAAGCGGAAGAUGGAGAUGAUGUGACUCUGGACGCAGCUGGGAAGCCGGUCAUGUCGAGCGAUGCGAUGCAGCGGAAGUUGGCGAGGAACAGGGCAAGGUCGGAGCGCAAAGCGCAGGAACGGCGAGUCCGCGUAGAGAAGCUGGCUGUGAACCUUUGCAACAAGCUGGCGGUGUUUGCGGAGGGUGCGAAGAAUGCGAAUGACAAGGACAUCGCAGCGCUGUUCAAGGAGAAGUGCAGGUUGGAGGCGAUCGAGCUGCGGGACGAAAACUACGGAGUUGAGCUCUUGCAAGCUAUCGGGCGAGCGUACAAGUCAAAGUCGGACCAGCAUCAGGCUUCAUCGCAAUUUGCACCGCUCGGCUGGUUCCACGGCGCCAAGAGCACCUUCAACACUGUGUCCGACACGAUGUCGACUCUCAAGUCAGCCAUCGAGCUCAAGCAGGUCUUUGACAAGCUGCAACUCGCAGAACAGUCGGGCAUGGCGGCAGAGGAUUUGCGCAAGCUCGAAGAGCAAGCGGCGGAACAGGGUCUGCGCACAAUGUGGAAGGGUGUCAAGUUGGAAGUAGAGAGUAUCUCCAGAGAAACGGCCGAAAAGGUGUUGACCGAGCCGGGCGUGCCAAGAGAGAAAUUGGGCAUGCGGAUGAUUGCGCUGGAUCUACUCGCCGAUGCGUUCCUUGCUGUCAAGAAGGACGGGGAGAUCGAAGACUUUGUCAAAGUCGACACGCCAUCCUCGAAGCAACGCGAGGCUGAGGCAGGCAGGACAUCUGCUAGUGAAAAGUCAAGAUACUCCCAGCAGGCACCAAAUGUCCCGCCCCGACCUGCCGCCAGCCAACCCCCUCCAACUCCGCCGAGGCCGACUCGUGCGACGGGAACAACGCCAGACGCGCCUCUAUCCGCGGAGGAGCGUGAGAGACUGCUCAAGGAAGCAUACAAGGCUUAUGAGGACAAGCGGCAACCAUAG